GGUAGUGUCUUGAUAUAUAUUAGCUUGAUCGUAGCAGUUAAGUUGAAUUAAUCAUCAAUAAAAAUUUGGAAUCAGCAAUGCUUUUGAUGAAAUGUGCGACAGUUUCUAGAGUAGGAUAUUUACAAAAAGGUUAUUAGCCGUCAAGAAGAUAGGAACAGUCUAUGAUUCUGUAUGAUAUACCAGGCCAAUCCACGUUUUUACAUAGAAAUUGAGCAACCCAUGGAGAAGAACUAGAUAUUAUUUAACAAGAUGGAUGCAACUAAGGAAACCCAAGUGGCUAGAAACUACCAAACAAUCAUUAACAACAUCCCUGCGGCCUCAGUACAGCACAAGUUUUUGAAUGUUUUGUUCUUUGGACCACCUGGACAAGGGAAAACCUCCACCAUCAACUACCUACUCGACCAGUCCUCUCUGGCCGUGUCUGUGGACGAUGAGAUCCAGACCACCAACGUCCAGACAGCUUCUGGAAGGUUCCGCGACUAUUAUGUAAAAUGCGUUGACUUCCCUGGGGUGCGAGGGAACCCAGCUGAAGAAGACAUUUUGGUGAAACACACGGAACAUUUGGAGCGGGUUUGUCGUAGUUGCCCAAAGGGGAUUCAUGCAGUCGCGAUUGUUCUAAAAUUUGGGAAUCGGUUCUAUGAGGAAGAUGAGUACUCCCUGCAGAUGUUGAAGGAAUUAUUCGGCGAGAGUUACCUGGAGACCCACGGCACAUGCAUCGUAACUCACGGCGAUGUGUUCGAGGCAAACAUGCGUCGUAGUCCCGCCCCCAAGAGUUUCAGUCAGUGGUGUCAGGAUCAGAAAGGCGUUUGGGAGAAAUUUUUCAAAGCCUGCAACUACAAUUGUGUGAUGUUGGAUAAUUUGUCGGACGAGGUGUCAGUCAAGCAGGCUAAAGUUCAAGAGCUGCUUGCCGCAUCUACGAUUGGGUGGAACCAACCUGCCAAGUCAAUUUCUCCACAGCUCCGAGCUUUAGCGGACAUGCACCUGUUGGUUGAGGUGGGCUCGAGCGAAGAGUCCUACAGGAAACAGCUGACCUUCCUGGUCCGGUACCUCCAGGACUUUGAUCCCCGCUACACCAGCAUCAUGAUCACUGGGAGAAACAAAACUCACUUCUACUGCUUCAAAACGUUCGACAAUCACGCCGAACUACAGGCGACCUUACACAGUACUGAGUAUCUCGAACCAUGUCGAACAACAGAAAAGUCCCUUCUCAUCCUGAGAAAGGAAUCUUUUGGCGCCAGAGCUGGGAUGAGACCUGACGUGAAGCAGGUGGCGCUGAUGCUGACAGAAGGGCGAACGGAAGACGAGGCGAAGCUGGCGAGAGAGUCUGAGAAUCUGAGACACACAGGAGCAAAGCUGAUGGUGGUGGGUGUCUCCUGCACGGACAGGCAUCUGCUGGAGAUGAUCGCAGCGGAUCCUGAGGAUGUCUUCAUGGCCGAGGACUACGAGGAGCUUCAAGCUUUUCCAGGGAUAAUAAAACACAGAACGUGCGAACUGGCCCCAAAGUUUCAAUGCGCUGCAGAUAUUCUCAUCAUGAUCGACGCCUCUAGCAGCAUAGGGUCAGUGGACUACAAGAAAGAAUUGGACUUUGUGAUCAAACUGACAGAGACCUUUAACCUUGGCCCCACAGCGGCCACCUUUAGCGUCAUCGUGUUCUCCUCGUUCCCGAAGAUUAUCUCUAGCUUCGACAUUACAUCUCACACUGGAAUCAAAGAGAUUGUUUCCGAAGCCCCUUACCAAAGCCAGUCGACAGAUACGGCAGCGGCACUGCGGAUGGCCAGAACUAAAGCGUUCACCCCCAGUAACUGUGUACGGCAAGACGCCAAGAAAAUCGUAUUUGUGCUCACCGACGGCGAAUCAAAUAAUCCGGACGAGACAGCAGAGGAAGCAGAGCUGCUGAAGCAAACGGGGACAAUGGUUAUGGCAGUAGGCGUGGCUGGUGCGAAAAUAGAGGAGCUGAAAAAGAUCGCUUCGUUUCCAGAAAAUGUGUACUACGUGAGCAGUUUCGACCUUCUACAGAAUCUGCUGGAAGAAGUGGCAGGUGCUUUGUGCAAGCUAGAACGAAUGAUUGACGAGCAGCGACGACUGGAACGAGAGCUAGAACUGGCGAGACUGGCAGAGGAGCAGCGUUUGGCAACGCUGAAGAAAAAAGAGGAAGAUAGGAAAAUUGUUGAUGAUUUGAUUGAAAACCUGCUAGCGACAUCACUGAAACAAGACGACAUUAACUUGCUUUUUGUUGGACCUUCUGGAAGUGGAAAAAGUCACUGCUCUAACGCCAUCUUGGGCAGCAGCUUAAAAUCUCAGCACUUCACGACUCAGACGUCAUCAGUGAACGUCUGCACCUCUCGUUAUGAAAAGUAUGACGUCAAAAUAGUCGAGUGCAACAUCGCGUCUGGUCUAGACAUUGAUUGCGCAUGCGCUGAUGUUCUGCCACAGGUUCUGAAAAGUUGUCCUAAAGGAAUACACGUACCAGUCCUCGUUUUGCGUCUAGAGCAGUCUGUUAUUCAAACCAGUGCAGAUUUUGAGAUGCAAAUUCUUAAGCGAUCUUUUGGUGAUGAAUACCUUGAAAAGUACGGAGUUUGCAUUGUGUCAAGCAGCGAUGGCUCUGGACCAUUAGCAAGUGGUUUUGAUGAAUGGUGCCGUCAACAAAAUGAUGCAGCCAAGAACAUUUUUGAAGCAUUCAACUACAGAUGUGUCUACUUCUGUGACGGGAACAAGGGCCAACAAGUUCCAGAGUUUAUGUCUCGUGUCAUGUCUGGCUGGCCUCAACCUACAAACACCGUCUCUGUCAUAGACCCAGAGACGAGAGUCUAUGCCGAGAUGAACGUGGUUGUACAGUCGGCCAGUUCUGCUGAAGCCUUCCACAUGCAGAUGCAGUUUGUGAGCCAAUACACUGGGGACUACAGUGGGUCAGAGGUCAAGGCCUGUGUUACUGUCGUUGGCCAGAGCCAGCACGCAAGAAUAGGAGCAAUUGAGUUCGAAACCCACCAGGAAUUUGAAAGAGCACUAAUGAGCACACCUUUUCUUGGACACUGUCCAGGGCUACACCGAGCUCUUGAGGCAGCAAAGAAGGAAUCCAUCGCUGCUUCUAAAGAUAGACCGGAAGUAAAAAAGAUGGCGGUCGUCCUCAACAACGGAGACUACGACGACGAAGACGAGGCUGUAGAGGAGGCGGCAGAGCUGAAGAAAGUGGUUUCUGAGGUGAUGGUGGUCUCCGUGGGUAGCACCAACCAGAGAAAGCUAGAGAAGAUAGCGUCGAGUCCUGACAGUGUGUUUAUUGCAGCAGACGAGACGGAGUUGAUUCACAAAUGUACUGAGCAAGUCAAACACAGGACUUGUGAGAUAGAGCUAAAGAUUGAGGAGCAGAGACUGGCAAUGCUGAAGAAAAAAGAGGAAGAUAGAAUAAUGGUUGACAGCUUAAUUGAAAACCUGCUAGCGACAUCCAUGAAACAAGACGACAUUAACAUGCUUUUUGUUGGACCUUCUGGAAGUGGAAAAAGUCACUGCUCCAACGCCAUCUUGGGCAGCAGUUUAAAAUGUCACCACAUCACGACUCAGACGUCAUCAGUGAACGUCUGCAGUUCAAAAUAUGAAAAGUAUGACGUCAAAAUAGUCGAGUGCAACAUUGCGUCUGGUCUAGACAUUGAUUGCGCAUGCGUUGAUGUUCUGCCACACGUUCUGAAAAGUUGUCCUAAAGGAAUACACGUCCCAGUCAUCGUUUUGCGUCUAGAGCAGUCUGUUAUACAAACCAGUGCAGAUUUUGAGAUGCAAGUUCUUAAGAGAUGUUUUGGUGAUGAAUACCUUGAAAAGUACGGAGUUUGCAUUGUGUCAAGCAGCGAUGGCUCUGGACCAUUAGCAAAUGGUUUUGACGAAUGGUGCCGUCAACAAAACGAUGCAGCCAAGAGAAUUUUUGAAGCAUUCAACUACAGAUGUGUCUACUUCUGUGACGUGAACAAGGGCCAACAAGUUCCAGAGUUUAUGUCUCGUGUCUUGUCUUGCUGGCCUCAACCUACAAACACAGUAUCUGUCAUAGACCCAGAGACGAGAGUCUAUGCCGAGAUGAACGUGGUUGUACAGUCGGCCAGUUCUGCUGAAGCCUUCCACAUGCAGAUGCAGUUUGUGAGCCAAUACACUGGGGACUACAGCGGGUCAGAGGUCAAGGCCUGUGUGACUGUCGUUGGCCAGAGCCAGCACACACGAAUCGGAGCAAUUGAGUUCGAAACCCACCAGGAAUUUGAAAGGGCACUAAUGAGCACGCCGUUUCUUGGACACUGCCCAGGGCUACACCGAGCUCUUGAGGCAGCAAAGAUUGAAUCCAUUGCAGCUUCUAAAGAUAGACCGGAAGUGAAAAAAAUGGCGAUCGUCCUCAACAACGGAGACUACGACGACGAAGACGAGGCUGUAGAGGAGGCGACAGAGCUGAAGAAAGUGGUUUCUGAGGUGAUGGUGGUCUCCGUGGGUAGCACCAACCAGAGAAAGCUAGAGAAGAUAGCGUCGAGUCCUGACAGUGUGUUUAUUGCAGCAGACGAGACGGAGUUGAUUCACAAAUGUACUGAGCAGGUCAAACAAAGGACUUGUGAGAUAGAACUAAAGAUUGAGGAGCAGAGACUGGCAAUGCUAAAGAAAAAAGAGGAAGAUAGAAUAAUGGUUGACGGCUUAAUUGAAAACCUGCUAGCGACAUCCAUGAAACAAGACGACAUUAACAUGCUUUUUGUUGGACCUUCUGGAAGUGGAAAAAGUCACUGCUCCAACGCCAUCUUGGGCAGCAGUUUAAAAUCUCAGCACAUCACGACUCAGACGUCAUCAGUGAACGUCUGCACCUCUCUUUAUGAAAAGUAUGACGUCAAAAUAGUCGAGUGUUCCACGGUUGUUGGUGCAGACAUUGACUGCGCAUGCGCUGAAGUCCUGCCAUUUGUUUUGAAAAGUUGUCCUAAAGGAAUACACGUCCCAGUCAUUGUUAUGCGUCUAGAGCAGUCUGUUAUACAAACCCGUGCAGAUUUUGAGAUGCAAGUUCUUAAACGAUGUUUUGGUGAUGAAUACCUUGAAAAGUACGGAGUUUGCAUUGUGUCAAGCAGUGAUGGCUCAGGGCCAUUAGCAAGUGACUUUGAUGAAUGGUGCCAUCAACAAAAUGACGCAGCCAAGAGGAUUUUUGAAGCAUUCAACUACAGGUGUGUCUACUUCUGUGACGUGAACAAAGACCAACAAGUUCCAGAGUUUAUGUCUCGCGUCAUGUCUUGCUGGCCCCAACCUACAAACACAGUCUCUGUCACCCCAGAGACGAGAGUCUAUGCCGAGAUGAACGUGGUUGUACAGUCGGCUAGUUCUGCUGAAGCCUUCCACAUGCAGAUGCAGUUUGUGAGCCAAUACACUGGGGACUACAGCGGGUCAGAGGUCAAGGCCUGUGUGACUGUCGUUGGCCAGAGCCAGCACGCGCGUAUCGGUGCAAUGGAGUUCGAAACCCACCAAGAAUUUGAAAGGGCACUAAUGAGCACACCAUUUCUUGGACACUGCCCAGGGCUACACAGAGCUCUUGAGGCAGCAAAGAUGGAAUCCAUCGCUGCUUCUAAAGAUAGACCGGAAGUGAAAAAGAUGGCGGUCGUCCUCAACAACGGAGACUAUGACGACGAAGACGAGGCUGUAGAGGAGGCGGCAGAGCUGAAGAAAGUGGUUUCUGAGGUGAUGGUGGUCUCCGUGGGUAGCACCAACCAGAGAAAGCUAGAGAAGAUAGCGUCGAGUCCUGACAGUGUGUUUAUUGCAGCAGACGAGACGGAGUUGAUUCACAAAUGUACUGAGCAAGUCAAACACAGGACUUGUGAGAUAGAACAAAAGAUUAAGGAGCAGAGACAGGCGAUCCUGAAGAAAAAAGCGGAUGAUAAAAGGAUAGUAGAUGGCUUGAUUGAAAACCUGCCAGCGACCUCACUGAAACAAGACGACAUUAACAUGCUUUUUGUUGGACCUUCUGGAAGUGGAAAAACUCACUGCUCCAACGCCAUCUUGGGCAGCAGUUUAAAAUCUCAGCACUUCACGACUCAGACGUCAUCAGUGAACGUCUGCAGCUCAAAAUAUGAAAAGUAUGACGUCAAAAUAGUCGAGUGUACAGUGAAGGCAGGUCUAGACAUUGACUGCGCAUGCGCUGAUGUUUUGACACAAGUUUUGAAAAGUUGUCCUAAAGGAAUACACGUUCCAGUCCUCGUUUUGCAUCUAGAGCAGUCUGUUCUGAAAAUCGAUUCAGAUUUUGAGAUGCAAGUUUUGAAACGAUCUUUUGGCGAUGACUUUCUUAAGAACAAUGGACUUUGCAUUGUGUCAAGCAGUGAUGGCUCAGGACCAUUAGCAAGUGGUUUUGACGAAUGGUGUCGUCAACAAAACGAUGUAGCCAAGAAAAUUUUCGAAGCAUUCAACUACAGAUGUGUCUACUUCAGUUACGUGAACAAGGACCAACAAGUUCCAGAGUUUAUGUCUCGUGUCAUGUCUUGCUGGCCCCAACCUACAAACACAGUCUCUGUCAACCCACAGAUGAGAGCAAGCGCUGAUGUCGAUGUGAUUGUACAGUCGGCCAGUACUGCAGAAGCCUUCCAGCAGCAGAUGCAGUUUGUGAGCAAGUACACCGGGGAUUAUGACAGGUCAGAGGUCAAGGCCAGUGUGACCGUCGUUGGGAAGGACCAGCACAAGUGUAUUGGGGCCAGUGAGUACGACACACACCAGGAGUUUGAAACGGCCCUUGUGACUACACCAUUCCUGGGACAUUGCUCAGGGCUACAUAGAGCUCUUGAGGUAGCUAGGAAGGAAUCCAUUGCUGCUUCUACUGACAGACCGGAAGUAAAAAAGAUGGCGGUUGUCCUUAACAACGGAGACUACGACGACGAAGACGAAGCUGUAGAGGAGGCGACAGAGCUGAAGAAAGUGGUUUCUGAGGUGAUGGUGGUCUCCGUGGGUAGCACCAACCAGAGAAAGCUGGAGAAGAUAGCGUCGAGUCCUGACAGUGUGUUUAUUGCAGCAGACGAGACUGAGUUGAUUCACAAAUGUACUGAGCAAGUCAAACACAGGACGUGUGAGAUAGCGCCUCAGUAUUCAUCCACCGCAAAUAUUUGCUUCCUCAUCGACUCGUCGGGAAGUAUUGGACUGGAUUACCACAAAGAACUCAACUUUGUCGUUGGGCUGACGGAGCUCUUCAACAUCGGUAUGGAAGCAGCACAGUUCAGCGCCAUGAUUUAUUCUAAUGAUGUCCGGGUGCUUUUUAACUUUGAAUCCUUGACCCAUGAAGAGAUUAAAGAGAAAGUUCUUGGAGCAACUUUCAUAGGACAAGGCACCAACACGGCCGAGGCCUUAAAAACGGCCAGAGUUCAAACUUUUCCCACCACGGAUUCGACACGACAGAACAACACGAAAAUUGCCAUCGUCAUCACCGAUGGCCAGUCUCAGAACACCAACCAAACGUACCAGGAGGCCGAGGCUCUGAUCGCGGCUGGCGUUCGUACGAUGGCUAUCGGUGUGGGCGCCGGCGCUGUGAUGGAUGAGCUAAGAAAGAUCGCGUGUAGGGCGAACUACGUCUACUCUGUUGAUGGCUUCAAUGUGCUGCAGACCGUUCAUGACGAGAUUGCCAGGCUGACAAGCCAUUUAGGAGCAGAUACCGAUAGUGAAAUUCAGGAAUAUCGUCGGUCUCUACCCGAAGUUUGAACAAUUAUAAGGAGGACAGCGUUAAGGAACUUAAUGCUGUAAAAUUAAUUGUCUCUAAUUUAU